UAACUUUAAUUGCUGGAUGUUCGGCCCCUCAGCUGUUGACCGGCAGUAACUGUGGCCCCUGGAGUAAUUUAGAUGAAUAGCCCUGGACUAAAGCUUCCUCAACUAGCUGAUCAAAAUGCAUUUAAUCUGUUUGCUUUGUCUUUAAACACCAAUAUCCAUUAUCAAAUGUUAGGGUAAAACAAACAAAACUAAUCAACUAACUUUGUUUAUCUAAAUCACAGUGAUUGUGACUUUUAUGCAGGACACCAAUGGGGAACUCGUACGCAGGCCAGCUGCGGAGUACGCGCUUUGAGGAGGUCCUGCAUAGCUCCAUAGAGGCAUCACUGAGGUCCAGCACUAUAGUGCCGCGGCCUGUCUUCACACAGCUGUAUCUGGAGACAGAACAGUCACUGACACAGGAUGGCCGUGCAUUGAACGAAGAUGAAGAUGAUGACAAUGGCUCAGAGUCCAACAGUCCGCCAGUUCCAUACCAGAUGAAGCCACCACCUGAGGGAUGCUGCACCACAGAUGGUUUUUGUCAGGCUGGGAAGGAUCUGCGUCUGUCCUCCCUUUCAUCAGAAUCCUUGGAUGUCCCACCUGGAUUCAUGCUGGUCGGGGUAAAGUCUCCCUCCUUGUCAGACAACCUGUUGGUGUGCGCUGUCGACCGCCGCUUCCUGCCAGAUGAACGGGGUUGCAACGCCCUGCUAGGGUUUUCAGGAAAUUGUAUGGGCUGUGGAGAGAAAGGUUUUCGUUACUUCACAGAGUUCUCCAACCACAUUAACCUGAAGCUCAGCACACAGCCUAAGAAGCAGAAGCACUUAAAGUACCAUCUCUACAGAAGCAACCAGGGAGUCCUGGUUAAAGGUGCUCCCAUCAGCUGGAAGGGAAACGAUGGCAGGAUGAGGCAAAUAAGGUCAAGUCUCUCAGAAGGACACUUGGCUUCAGACGUACAGCCACCAAACCCUGCACUGGCUCACCCAUUACACACACCUAGUAGCUGCACAGGAUCGUAUGUGGAGCCACAAGCAGCUGAGGUCCUACACACGCUAAGUAACGGCAGCCAUGCAGUUCCCUCCGUUUCUCAGCCACCUUUAAAUCAGUCAGUGCCUGGAAGAUCCACAGCUACAGGGCCCCACGCAAAUGCUGCCCCUCCAAAGAAGAGACACAAAGGCUGGUCACCCAAAUCCUCUGUCAGCAGUCUGACAGAAAGCACCAUGAAAUCAGCGCCAUCAUCAUUAGCCUUAUCAACAUUAUCAGUGUCUUCUGUCAGUCCCAAUGGAGCCAGAUCAGAGAGUGCAGUCCUUCAGAGUUCAUCACGAGGAUCCUUAACCCCACUGUCACCACCAGACUUUUUAACAGUGCCUGAUCAGCUGUUACAAACCUGCAAACUGCAACCUGUCAUAUUUAGAGGUCAUGGCCCUCUUCCUCAGCUCACAGGCAACAUAAGUGAUGUACUUGUCAGUUCUCUGCUCCAGAGUUGUUACAUGAGCUCACAAACACUCCCCAGAGUCUACCAGCAUUAUGGACCGUCACCCAUUCAGCCGCUGUCUGCCGAGAUGCAGAUUCUGCUCACUGUUUACUACCUUGUUCAGCUAGGACCUGAGCAGGUGCCUCUGAUUGAAGACUUGGAGCAGAUAUUCAUGAGGUCAUGGAGGGAAUCCCACCUCAGCGAGAUCCGACAGUUUCAGCAAUCUCAAACAGCAGGAACCCAAGGAAGACACUAUGCCACAGAGACCCCUUCUGCCUUGCCAGGGCUUCCCCAGCAUCUCUCUUCACCUCCACCCAAUCAACAACCCCUGACCCCCAGUCAGCUGCCCUGGCUCGCCCAGCUCGCUGCGUCAUCCUGUGGAGAAGGUGUGGUGGUGAUGGGAGAAGAAGUCAAAUCUUUGGCUCAAGGCCUUCAGCAAAUGUUUACCAGGUUGAUGGAAGGACGGCUUGAAAACACAAACUAUGUGGUCGUCAUCGUCACUUCACCCGGACAGGAAACUCAAUCCUGUGUCGUGGUAACAGGUAAACAUCAGUGCCGUGCCUUAGCAGAGAGUAUGUUUUCUCCUGGGGAGGGACUGAAAGAAAUUAGCCACCAGAUUUACACAGGAGCGGCCCAGGAACUUAUACUGUACUGCAAUUCUCUCGGACAAGAUGGUAAUAUGGACUCUCUCCUGGACAGUAUCAGUGUGGACGCAAAUGAGCCAUCCCCCCCAUCCUGCAGCCAGGAGUUAGCUGAAGAAAGGAAUCGUAAUACAACACACAGCCCAAAAGAUUCACAAACACAAAGUUUAAAAGACACGUCCAGCCCUAAAGUGACAACUUCAAGUCCCAAAGAGACUUGCUCAGAAUAUACUGUAGAAUGGCGUGAGGUCCGUCCCGUCCAGCUGGCAGUAGCCAGAAAGCUGCUGUCCCACGUGUGUGCUAUAGCAGACUCCAGCACACAGAACCUUGACCUUGGCUCCUUUAACAGGGUCAGCUUCCUCAUCCUGGUCCCACCUUCUGAGGUCACCUUUCAGCAGACAGUUUUCCAUCUCUGGAACUCUGGUGUCCUACAGGAGCUCGGGAGUUCAGACCAGGACUGUGUGUCUCAGAAGGAGGCUGAGCGUUUCGUAGUUAAGAUGGACCAGAGUGCUCAGGCACGAAUUGACAACCUCAUCCAAGAAGCACAAAGCAAUUCCUAUACACUCUACAUCCUGGUUCAUGACCAUGCACACUGGGAUGUUUGCAGCUCAUCCUGCUGCAGCACUGACAGUGGUGUGGGUCUGGUGGAUAAACUGUUGAACUCACGACAGGUGACAGAAGCCACAAACAUUCUGAUACUUCACGUCACCUCAUUUCCCUUCGUUCUUCAGACACAAUGCACUCGCAUCAGCCCCUAUAACGAGAUAAACUGGCCGUCUGCAUUCUGUAAUGAUGUGGACCUAUAUCAUGAGAAGACGCGGUACUUUGGUGUGUCUGAGAUUUUGGAGACAACUCGCUCAGGAAAUAGCCUGCCUCUGAUGCGUUACGAUUCCUCUUUUGAAAGCAUGGCAUCUACCCUUGAAGAAAGGUUUCCAAAGCUGCACAGCGCUGUGAUCCGUACUACUGUCUUGAUCCGGCACUACUGUGUGGCACUGGUGGUUGCAUCAGGAAAAAUGAGCAACUCUUCCGAUCUCCACAAACACACCUCUGUGGAGACCAUGGAAAUUGUCCAAUCUCUGCUCACAUCUGCCCAGCAGUGCCCCGCCCACCACGGUCACAUGAUCCUGCUGCGGAUCCCUUCCCUGGCUUUGGCAGCGUGGGCCCACCGACGACUGUCAAGAGUGAGGAGGCAGCUGGGGCUAGAGGAGCGUUUUGAAAUUGUCCUGGGUAAUCCUAAUCAAGCUCUGACUAUUGGACAGACUUUCACUGAUCAGAUCAAGAUAUGGUUAAAGAUUCAGGAUGCUGAGUGGGUUCCUCGUACGUACUUGGAGCUAGAGGCCCUCCCCUGCAUCCUUAUCCUGGCAGGGGCUGAGCCAAUGGGAGAAUCAUUGCCCAGGUCAUUGAAGUAUUGUGAUCUUCGGGUGAUAAGCUGCUCCUACCUGCAGCGCACGACUCUUGAACAAGAGCUGGGACUGGCUGCUUAUUUGGUGAAGGCAGAGUCACGACUGCCACACAAACCUGGACCAGGAAGCAAUGAGAUGGAAAGUGAUGCUGAUAAACUCAGCAGCACAGACAACGAAGAGGAGGAGGGACAAGGAAAUGGAGACUCUCCCCCAUCAUCCACUCUGCCACACCAGCCAUGCCCUGACAGUGGAGCUGUUGAUACCCUCCCAGCUCCAAGCACCACCUCUCAAAAUGUCCAUAAAGGGACAGUGGAUGCCAAACAGCCACCAUCAAAACCCCAGAGUCGAGUUCUGCCCCAGCCCCCACCUCAGUCAUUCUUAUACCCUCAGACUGCACCUCCCCACCAAAGCCAAGUUCAAGUUCAAAGUUAUCCCCAGGUCCAGCUAAAUCCCCGGCCCCAGGCACCGCCCCAGGGUCAAGUUCAACCAUUGUCUCAAACAAAUCCUCAACCUUGCAUUCAAACCGUCUCCCAGCAGCAGCAGCCUCAUUCCCAGGCACAAACUCGUUCCAAAUCCGCAUCCUCUGGUUCUUCAUCCCCACAGACCUCCUCCUAUCAUCUGAGAUGCUCUUGGGUGCGAGGACUGAGUCGUCCGCCCGCUGUGCUCCUCCCUCGUGCCAUCUAUGACAUUAUCACAGCCAGUGACAGCAGUGGGCUCCCACGAUGUACUUCAUUCUUGCCACAUAUGUCUGUUGCUUGGGCAAGCAGCUUCAGACCUUUACUAAAUAAAAUGAUGACAUGUACAGAGCAAUCACUCUACUAUCGUCAGUGGACGGUCCCUCGUUCCUACCACAUGGACAGCAGCAACCACACUGAAGGAAGAAGUGACAACUUUCAUCCUCGCAGGCUGCUGCUCAGCGGACCCCCACAGGUGGGUAAGACGGGGGCUUAUCUGCACUUCCUGGGUAUCCUGUCCCGCAUGCUGAUCAGGCUCAUGGAGGUGGAUGUCUACGAUGAGGAAGACAUCAACUGCAGUGCCCAGGCAGAAGGGGUACAGUUCCAUCCACCUAGUUCUUCAUGGCCCAACAUAGAAAUCAUGAAGAAAAUACCCUUUGACUACACCAACCAUGAUGCUAAAUAUGAUGACAUCAGCACUAUAUAUUGCCCUGGAUUUAAACCACGUACUGAUGGAAACCCUGUGUGGCAGGAGGAUGUGUACCUGCGUAGGCGGACGACUAGAAUCAAGCUCUCUAAGUAUGCAGCCUACAACACCUAUCAUCACUGUGAACAGUGUCAUCAGUACUUGGGCUUCAACCCCAGAUACCAGAUGUUUGAGUCAACGCUGCAUGCCUUCACAUUCACUCACCUGCUGCUCGGAGAAGAUAUUCAGCUCUACUUCAUCAUCCCGAAAUCUAAAGAGCAAUACUUCAGCUUCAGCCAACCAGGAGGCCAACUGGAGAGCUUGAGGUUGCCUCUUGCUUCUGACUGGAACCCAGAAUGCAUCAAAAGUCCAAUCUUCACUCCGACCACCGGCCGUCACGAGCAUGGUCUGUUUAACUUGUAUCAUGCUAUGGAUGGAGCGUCACACCUCCACAUCCUGGUGGUUAAAGAGUAUGAGAUGGCUGUUUACAAGAAGUACUGGCCCAACCAUAUCAUGCUGGUGCUGCCCACUGUCUUCAAUGGAGCUGGUAUAGGUGCUGCUCACUUCCUGAUUAAAGAGCUUUCUUAUCACAACCUGGAGUUGGAGCGCAGUCGGCGCUCAGAUGGAGGAAGUCCUGCAGUUGAUGUUUGGCCCUUCAUCAUCCUCUCUGAUGACUCCUGUGUUAUGUGGAAUGCAGUGGACCUUGAUAAACAGAGUUGUCCGGUGGACCAUGGUGUGUCACUGAAACAGGUCUUACAGCACAUGGAGGCCUGCCCAGAUUUAACCCACUUUGGCCUUUGUGGGAUCAGAAAGUGGAGCAGCUCUGGACUUACAGGUUUCAAACAGUGGGAGCCUUUCUCCAGAGGUCACCUUUACGAUUUCCUCUUCCUCAACGUUGACCGGAGUCAGAAUGUUCACUACAACCAGAACCGCUUCACCUGUCACGAUGUGGACUUCACACUGAGGCUGCACAGCGCAGGGCUGCUCGUCUGCAAGUUCAACAACUUCAGCGUCAUGAAGAAGCAGAUCGCCAUCGGCGGAUACAAAACAUUCAUUAUCAAAACCAAGAUGACAGAUGUUUCCACCUCAGUGGGACCCUCACAGUACAUCUGUGCUCCUGACAGCAAGCACCUUUUCUUGGCUACACCAGCUCAGCUCCUUCUGGAAAAAUACCUGCAGCACACCAGCCAGAAACUGUUUCCACUCAGCACCAAGAACUACACACACCCCGUUCUGACCGUAGACUGCUACCUCAACCUGGGGCCUGAGGUGACAGUGUGUUUUGUGAGCGCCAGGCCUCAUUCUGUCAACAUCAGCACCACAGGUUUGUUGUUCAGUGGCCUCCUCCUCUGCUUUCCUGACACGUUUGUGACCUCUGAGUUCCUGAAGAAGUUCACGUUUCUUAAAGGUGCCACCCUGUGUGUGAUCAGCGCAGAUCGCAGCUCGCUGAGGCAGACCGUGGGCAGACUGGAGCUGGAGGAGCAGUGGAGGUUCAGGCUCAGCGACGAGUUCCAGACCGCCAACGCCAAAGAGGAUCGACCGCUCUUCUUCCUCACAGGAAAACAUAUCUGACUCAGAACAAUUAUACACAAAGACUCACAGAGGGGACUGAAAACACUUUGCUCUCUAAUGUGGGGCAAAGGUGUGCUUUUCGAGACUUGUUGAAGAAAUGACUGAAGAUUAAAGGGAUCACCGAUUAGUUGAAACAUUAGACUUUAUUUGAUAAACAUUUAUUUUAACUGUAAA